CCAAAAGGAAGAGAGCUCCUCCAUUUUGGCUUCAAUGGAGGCUUGCAGUCUUGGCCUUCGGUUUUGAAUCGAAGGGAGUCUGAGAUCCAGAAGGAAACCAGCGAUGCAAGCUGAUACUAGAGGGAGGCAUUGGAUCUCCGCCGAAUUGAAGCGGCUUGAGCUGGAAGCUCGAUUCCUCGAGGAAGAACUGGAUUUGAUUACGAAAACAGAGAAAGUUUCAGCAUCAUGUGAAGAAUUUUUAUCUAAAGUAGAGAACAAGCCUGACCCACUGCUUCCAGUAACAAGUGGACCUGUAAAUCCAAAUUGGGAUCGGUGGUUCGAGGGACCUCAAGAUUUGAAAGGUUGCAGAUGUUGGAUUCUUUGAUGUUGAUCAUCAUCAAGAAAUUCCGGCAAACAUAUAUCUUUGAGUGUAUUAUAUCAACAGGAUUUUGAAAGAAAAGAAAGAAUUAUAAUGAGAGAAGAGAUGCUUAAUUAUUGUUUUCUUGUGAAACUUUUUGUUGAUCUUAUUUCAUUCAUUAGCCUCAUUCUUUUUUUCCCUUAAGACAUAUCAAUGUAUAAACACUGAUUAAGUUCUGUUCAGUUGCAAUUACACUGAAUUUUUUUUUA